AUUGUUCUUUUAGAAUUUAAUUAAUUUUUGUUCUAACUUCAGUUCAAUGGGAUCGGUGAGCAUGGUACACGGUUAAUCAUUUACAAUCUGUGGGAGGAUGAUCAAGGUGAACUGGAGCUUGAUUUUCAAUCCGAUCCACAUGACAUCCAAAUAAGAGGGGUCAACCGAGAUGAGAAGAAGAUAGAGAUGGCAAAAAAAAUUCCCAACUCUAGACACUACCUGACUUAUCGGCACUCAUUAAGGAGCUAUGCAUCUAUCCUCUAUCUCAGAAUUCCACUUCGCUUCCGAAUGGUUCUCCGUGGUAAAGAUAUUGUUCACCACAAUCUCAUUAAUGAUAUGAUGUUAGCUCAAGAGAUUACUUAUAGGCCACAACCUGGUGCCGACGGUAUGCUGAAGGAUCCAAAUGUGGUUGCAACUGUGACGAUGGGAUUUGUAAAGGACGCUAAAGACCAUAUUGAUGUCCAAGGAUUCAGUGUUUAUCACAAGAACCGCCUUAUCAAGCCAUUUUGGAGGGUUUGGAAUCCCUCAGGAAGUGAUGGUCGCGGAGUUAUAGGUGUACUGGAGGCUAACUUUGUUGAGCCAGCUCAUGAUAAACAAGGGUUUGAGCGUACAACUGUGCUUGCUAGGCUUGAAGCACGACUUGUCCAGAUGCAGAAGACAUACUGGACCACACUCUGUCAUAAAGUUGGAUACUCGUGUCGACGUAACAAGAAGCUUGUAGCAGCUGGAGAUAGUUCGCCUGAUUUUCUUCUUCGGCAAUCAUCCAAAAGUACGAUGGGAUCUACAUCAUGUUGGGAACCUGUUAACGGAAAUGGGAACAUGUACGGUAAAGGUGCGAACGGAAAGCCAACCAGCAGAUUUCGACCUAGAUCAAGUUCUUCGGAAGAGGAUGACAGUGACUCUGAAAGGCCGCCUGGCAUUCGAAAGAAAACAAAAUACCAGUGGCAAAGGUCGAAGGAUAGGUCAGACAUAAACAGUAGUGAAUCUGAUGUGAUUAUACAACAGUUGGAAGCGGAGAACAGUGAAUUGAAGAACAGUUUAAGCAAAAUGAAAGAAUCCUUCUUGCGCGAUAUUGACUAUGAAAGGGACAGAGUUAAACAACUAACUACACUAUUAAACGGGAAUGGCCCUACCAACUCUGAUCCAGCGACUCUAAGCCGGCUGCGGACGGAGAAUCAUGAACUGCAGGACAGAAUGAAGAAAAUGGAAGCAUUGUUCUCUCAUGACGUGCAGUCUGAAAAAGAGAGAUGUAAUUUACUACAGGCUAAAUUAAAGGAAUCAGAGGAAAAGAUUGUAGAAAUGAAUAAAGAACAGGAAGCCUUCAUUGAUAUAUUUGCCGAGGAGAGAUGCCGGCGAGAGAAAGAGGAGGAAAACUUGAGGAGCAAAUUAAAGGAUGCUUCUAAUACCAUACAAGAGUUGCUCGAUAAAGUUCGGCAGCUUGAGAAGUCCGACGGCAGAACUUAAAACCACUGGUGGUACUGGCAUGAAAGAUGAUGUUUUUCUUCGCAAGUGGUAAUGAUCGGUGAUGAAGGUUCUGAAGGACUUUAUAUUACACAGGCACAUUCGGGUAUCCGAACUUCCACAACAACUGAUCAAACCUGACAUGGAAUGCCUUCCACAAUGUUAUUAUUUAUUCCCUUGUACGCUCUCUCACUAUGUAACCUAUGUAGCAAAUAUUGUUCAGGGGUAUUUGGUGUUAAUAAUGUAACCUAUGCUGUCUUUCCUAAUUUGGUCUGAAAUAUCUGGUGUACAUUUCAAUGACAUUCAAUUAGUUGACUCUCA